UUUCCCCCCGGAACAAUCCCCCAUCCCCAUCCCCAUCCCGAGCAGUCCGCCCCGCCGCCGGCCGCUAGGGCGAGCACCCUCCUCCUCACCGCCGACGAAAAUCCGCUCCCGGAGCGCAGCCGUCUCAGUCUCCUCUCCCUCCUUCUCACCCCGCGCACCGCCUCGAAGCCACCCGCCGCGCCCCAUCUGCCCCCUCCACGCCGCUCGCGUUCCGCGCCCCACGGCGUCGCACGCACCGGAUCCGCCGUCUUCCCCAACUCCCCCGCCGCGCCAGAUCGCCGCUGAUCUCCCCGUCGGUCGUUCUCCCCGCGGCGGCGCUGCUCUCUCAACCCGCCGCAGCUCCUCCCGCCGAAGCACCUCCUCGGGCCGCACCCGCACCUGGCCUACCUCUCGGCGGACUCGGGCUCAGGGAUCCGCGUCCACUCCGUCGUUGACCUCCAGCCCUCAGCGACCCGUACAAACUGCACUCCAGUGUUGAUCUCUAGUAGAACAAUGGCCAAUGUCAUGAGCGAAGAAGAGAUGAUUCGCGAGUUCAACAACAUGGUCACAAGAGAGUCUGAAGCAUAUGAGUCUACAAGCUUGUUUCAGGGCUGGAGCGAUGAUGAUAAAAUAAAGUACAUGAAACAACUCCAAGUCAAUUUGUUGGAGCAAACCGAAGCUGCUGAUCUUGAUGAAAUGGAUGUCCCGCCCAGCGUAAUGUUUGAUAUCACAAACGACAAGAAGGCUAAACAAAAUUACAUAUCCUCAAUUGGACAUUAUAGAUCAUGGCAAUACUCUGGUUCAGACAAACGGUAUCAGUUUGGGUCAAAGAGCAAACGAGCGUUUGUUACAAGGCCGAGUGGUGUGUUUGUUUUCUAUUUUAGAUACAAUCAUCUGGUCGUGGGGUUGAUUGUUGACGGGCAGAGUGGUUGGGUUGAGGGUGCUGUUACAAAUAACUUAGAUGAUGAACGUCAAUCUGUACUUCAAUUCCAGAGAAAACCUUUUGAGCCUGACUACAUUAGAAGUUCUCGUACACAUAAUCUGAAGUAUGAUGGCAAUUACACAAAAGCAGGAAAAACAUAUGAAGCAAAGCUUGGAAUUUGGCAUGUCCGUAAAGCAAUAGUGGAGAUAGCUAGUUUUGAUCCUCGAGUUACAAAAUCUGAACCUGAACCAAUUCAUUGGCAAGUUCUGACUCUUUUUUCAGUGGAAGCCGGUAGACUUAAUCAUGUCUUUCGUCGCACGUCGCUAUCUCUUUCUGUUGCCAUUGGACCAGAUGGAACACUGAAACUCCCCACAAGUGGGGAACAAUUCAUACUGAACUAUCUGAAGCUUUCUUUGGUUUCUCUUGAAACAAUCGAAGGUAGACCAUUCAUUCACGUGAAAGGCACAACACCCAGAAACCUUUAUCAAGUUCUGUUGGAGAUCCUGAUACUAAGAAGAGAAGUUAUUUUUCCAACUUCUUUUAUUCUCUCGGAUGCCCCACCUAUGAAAUUCAAGAAGAAUGAACCAAAACGGGGUAAAGGAAGCAGACUACUGACAAAGAAACAUAAAUUGGAAGCUGAAAAUGCAGAGGGUCACAAAUAUCUGGUGGGAAAACACGAUGGAACUACUGCUUAUCGUUGCGAGGAUUGGCUGGUAAACCCAUUUAAGGAGGUUGUAAUGACCGUCGAACAUGUUUCUGCAAAUGGGCGUCCAGAUGUCAGGGACAGUAAAAUUACUCUGGUUGCAGAAAUCCUGAACAGGGAUGCUUCGGCUGUAACUCCAAAGAUCUUACAAUCGCAAAUGCGUAAUGGUCUCCAAAAGCUUGAUUUAACUGAAGGAGAGAUUGCAGCCCAACAGUUCAUUGGUUCAGCAACGUCUUUAAAGAGGUCCAUUCAAGAGAAAUGGUAUUGGGAGGGCCAACAUCAAAAGCAGAAAGAUCAGAGUGCAACUGGUGGAUGCUGUCUCUCCAUGUUAAAAUAUGAUAUAACUACAAAACGCGCAUAUGCAUCCGCACAAGAGGAACCGUGGCAUGAUGAACCCGGAAGGAGGUUUCACGUGGCCCUGGGAGCUGACAAUGGCCAAGUGCCAAAAAUCUUGAAAAGAUACAUUGCUAGAAUAACUGACAACAUGCAUACUCAAAAUAAGAAGGCCAAGUUAAUGGUGGCUGAGCAUGAAGAAACAUGCCAUGCUAGUACACAAAGGGAAUUAUCUGAUGAAUUGUCAGAGGAACCGUGGCAUGAUGAACCCAGAAGGAGGUUGCACAUGGCCCUGAGAGCUGAUAAUGGUCAAGUGCCAAAAAUCAUGAAAAGACUCAUUGCUAGAGUAACUGACAACAUGCAUGCUGAAAAUAAGAAGGCCAAGUUAAUGGUGGCUGAGCAUGAAGAAACUUGCCGUGCUAGUACACAAAGGGAAUUAUCUGAUAAAUUGUCAGGUUCGCAUGCAACUUUGGCAGAAGAUGUUGAGUCCAGAACUGUUUCCGUGACAAAUGUACAUCUCAUGGCGACCAAGGAAGCAGAAUUGUCAACUCAUUUUAUGAGUGGGACUGGGACUGGGCUUAAGAUAAGCUUGUUGAAAGAUGCAGUUGCUAGCCACUAGAUUUGCCGAAGUAAGGUGCAAAGCAGAAAAGCUGGCUCCAGGAUUUCUGGCAGCAUGCAAUCUGUACUGCCCUUGUCCGAUUCCUUGUCCACUGCCUGGCCUGCCCUCCAACUGAAGAAAAUCUGAAGGCAGGGUUUGCCAAGGAAAACGUUGCUGCUGCUGUACACUAACCUGCCAACUUGAGAACACAAGACGCGAUACAGAAUCGGACAUACGCUGCUACUGCUAUCCGAAACAUCUGUCUGUCUUACCUUGUUAGUUGUUGCAGAUGAAAGUAUGAGAUGAGGAAGCUCUUUGCCGCUCUGCCAGAUUCAAAAUUAAUGAACUCACCAAAGCCAGACCGAAUUGCUAUGUACAACAGAGCAUAAUUUGAUGGCGUACCAUGUGCACAUGGUUGCAGAUUCUUGUGCUGUUGUGCUUGCAUAUAUAUAUAUUUUUGCACAUGGUUGCCCUUUCUUGCCAAGUUGCUUCCAUUC